AUGGAGUAUCUGGAGCAUGAUUUUGACCCAAAGACCUGGACUGUUUCCCAAUUGAGAGGGGUGUUGGUUGAAAACGGUGUUGAAUUACCAUCCAAAGUGAAAAAACAGCAAUUGGUUCGUUUGUUCAAUAAAGAGAUAGUCCCCAAGAGAAAGGAUCUGAGAAAGAGGCAUCUUGAUGUUAAACCUAAUGAUCACGGAAUUAAUGUCGUUGAAACAAAUAAGACGGGUUCCCCCAUAAAAAGAAAGAGAGCUAGAGCUACAGAUUCUACACAGGAUGGCAAGCAAGGCGAUGACACAGAAACGAAGAAGAAAAAGCCAAAGAAGGCGAAGAAGACUCUCAGAUCUGAAAGAGCGAAAUUGACUGAGCUGAGAGAAGGCUCGCGCAACGAAAAUAAAGUGGCCAUUGAAACUUUGAAACCAAACAUUAACAAGCUAAAAGUUUCCCCAGAAUUUGCCAAGCAAUUACAACAAGUAUCGGAAUAUGGAGUAAGUUCGGCGGAUGAGAUCGAGAAAUUGGACCCCGCAAAGAAGGAUACCUCUCGUAUCGAUGACAGUCAUAGACCUUUUAGGGAUAGUAAUACUGAACCGUAUGGACUAUUCACACCAAAUGUGUUGACAUCGAAGGUUUUUUCUGAGAAUGCAUCGGAGACGGAACGGGUGCAGAACGACGAGAAUUACAGAAACAGAAAGGGAAGACAUCAAAUAAUCCAACCCUCUAAAGUCCACGAUGAAGUGGACAGCGAUGAAACCAAGUUAAGACGUCGAUAUGUGGCCGACCUUUCCCAGGACAGAGAAACGCAAAAACAUCCUAUUAAUAACAAUUCCUACGAUCAUCCCAUAGAGGUAUUAUCAGAAGAAGAGGACGAGGCACAAUUUGUUUAUCGAGAGACAAGCGGGAAAAAAAAGGUGUUAUUGAAUUCAGAAAUCAAAGAGACCUUGCAGGUAAAUACGGAAAGUGGAACUAAACAGCUUGAUGAGGACUCUAAGGAGGUCAUACUAAAACAAAACCUUGAAAAAAAGGCAUUACCACCAAAAAAGUCUGCCGAAAAUGGACUUGAAAACCGCGACUCUAUUAUUUCCUUUGCAAGAGCGAAAUCGGUCUUCCUGGGAAGUAUACAGUUCGUGGCAAUUGCAUCUGUUGUACUUUGGGGAGUAUGGUAUCGGGAACAAAGAAUCGCAGUCGGUUUUUGUCAUCACGAAUUACCUCUCAAAAAACUGUGUCCUGAUCGUCUUAUCCAAAUUUAUCAAACAUUCGUCUUGGAUCUAUCAUUCUUUGAUUCUAUUUUGGAAAAGUAUGCACCCAAAUGCAUCGACUGUCCCGAAAAUGCUAUGUGCUUUUCCCACAUGAGACUCAUAUGUGAUGCUGGUUACAUUGCCAUGUCAUCUUGGAAGUCCCUCAACGGUCUUCUUCCAAUAAAUGGACAUUGCAUCAAAGACAUGAAAAAAGAUGAAAUUCUUAAAGAUAUCUUCCAGAGCUGCCUUGAGGAUUUAAGGAUGGAAAACGCUGAGAAAAACUGUGGUGAGGGAGAGAACAAUUUGGAGAGUGGGAUUUCUAGUUCUAUCCUAUUUGAAAAACAUUUUAGAAAAGUUAUCGAAGAUCAAAACUGGUCCACGUAUGAGGGUAAACAGUUGUGGGGUACGGUAUUAGAUAAAUUGAAAGGUAUGCCAGAGGUGUCGUGGAGUUAUAGGGAGGAUGAAUUGGUUGGUAUCAAUCUACGCUCCCAUUCCAGGAAAUAUAUCGGCUUCGGUUGCAGGUAUGGUCGUCAUAUCAAAAAUACUGUUAUGACCUAUCAGCACCAUCUUAUUGGGCUUAUUGUAGCUUUAUUGGUGUUUAUCAUUGUUAAGAAAAGGGUGAAAAGUUAUAAGAUCGAACAGGAUAAGAUUAGAUUGUAUACUGAAAAUGCUAUUGACAGGCUAAAGAAAUCUAAACUAGAGAAUAACGACCCACCUUUUGUCCAUACUGUACAACUACGAGAUGUCAUAUUGGCAGACGUUGCUGAUUUGCACGAAAGAAAUGAAAUAUGGGGUUCAAUGGUCAAGCGUAUGGAUAAGGAUAAGAAUGUCUUAUCGAGUCAAAUGGAAAUACAUGGGGAAAUCAUGAGGUGUUGGAUGUGGACUGGUGACUUAGCUGAAUAG